GAUAGAUAGAUAUAUAUUAAGCCUCUCAAAUAAAUCAAUGACUUGAUCAAAAUCUGAUCAACAACCUUUAACUAUCAGUUUAAAUCAAAACAAUAUUAAACAGAAAAAAAUCUUGAUAGGCACGGAGGACGAAGUUAACAUCGAUCGAGUUUGUUUGACAAGGAUUUAAAACUGACAAUUUACUAUAGAAGGGUGUAUAGCUCAUCGAGCACUGCGUGCAAUGUAUCAUAAAAUAACUUAAACGAUGUCUUCAGCUUAAGGUCAUAUUUCACACUGGACUAUAGAUAUAUGGGGCGGAUCAUGUUGGAAGGUAUCACGGUCGUCUCGACGUUUCCGUUCCUGCUGCACGUGCUUACAGCAGUUGGAGUUGUAUUUGAGGUGGCUUCUUCUUACUCAAAAGAUGACGUCAUUAGCUACUGGAUAGAUGCUGCCCUCAACUGCUACAGUCUAGUACCCAGGAACAGUCCACUCUCACAUUAUCUCACCUAUGUUCAAGCUACCCUUGCCAUUGUUGCGUUCUUGGCUCAUACAUCCAACAAACUCGAAAAGAGGAAAAUUGGAUAUGGAAUAUUAUUAAUAAUGUACACAGUGACGCAAUUAAGACUUCUAUUCUGGGGAUUCGGAAUUGAAGUAAUAGCAUAUCUUUAUACAAAUAUUACAAUAUUUUCUAUUCUAGUGCUAUAUAACGAUUCUUUAAGACUAAAAAGUAUCAAAGGUACCUAGGACGAUGGAGGAUGGACGUCUAAUUAACUUUCAGUGGAAAUAUGGUCUGAAGACGAUGAACAGAGAUAACUAGAUUCCUUACCAAGUUCAUCAAAGUUUAAUGCCUGAAACUUUUUUUUUCAUUUUGCUCUGUCAUAAUUAAAUUAGUACAGGGAAGUAAUAAAACUAUGCAUGGAUAUAUGAAUAUUUAUUUGUAGCUAGAUACAUCUCUGCAAAAUUUUAUCAGUAAAGACAUGCUAUAAACAAACUUACGACAACUUAAAUAUUUGCUUUUCCAAGUUUCAGAUUUUUAAAUGUUGAUAAACAUCUUAAAAUGAAUAUUCAGUAUUGAUGUUACGGCUCAGAUAGAAUCUUUCUUUAAUUCCUAAUAAAUGUAAUAUAAAAUUUGCUAUCCAAGUUUCAGUUUCAAACUCAGCCGAGACCGGAAAAUAUUUUGUGAACUUGGAGUCUGUCUAUAAAGACCACUGUGGUUUUAUUUCAGAUUAAAACAUAACAUUAUUUUCUGUGUAUUUUGACCUGUGACUUGUGCUCAUCUUCAAAUAGACUACUUCUGGAACCACUUAGUGGUCAUGAUAUACAGGGUAGACUAUACACGGAUGUAACACAGUAAACAAAAAAGAGAAAGGUGAUUCUAUGAAUCAGGUUAAAGCUUUAAAAUGCACUAAACUUAAUUUUGUGAUUUGAUAUGCAAAGAAUAUAUACCUAAUGUUAAGAAUUUCAGAUACAUGCAUUUUUAAAUGUUUUGUUUUAGAAUAUUAUAGAACAUUAAAACUCAAUCUUA